GUCAUAUGUACCUGCGUUAUUUUAGUAGCAACUUGACGCAGUGCAAAUAAAUUGUCAUAAAUACGUUUUCUUGGCACCACAAAGCCUGAGCUUGUCAAAAUGGAGCAUUCUCCUUCAAAUACAAAUUCCAUUCGAAUAAGAACUUUGGACGGAAAAACAAUCACAAUUCAAGCUGAACCAGAUUGGACAGUAAAGAAAUUGAAGGAAGAAUUUGGAAAAUGGAAGGGAGCCGGUUUUGAAAGAGUAAAUUUGCAUUAUCGUGCCAAACGUCUAAAGGAUGACGACCUCUUAAGCAAAUACAAUAUCGAAUCAGAGGGUUUCGUUUUGGCCAAUAUAAGAAGUACAGGAGGAGAUGAGAAUAAUUUUGCGUGCAGCGUGCGAUUUUUUAUUGUACAAUAACUCAAUUGCUGAAUUUCAUAAUUUUUGUAUUAACUAUUAAGCAACGUUCUUCUAAAUAAAUCAAAACUAUUUGUAAAAACA